AUGGGUCGCUUGAACGACGGUUUCAAUAUUCUUUACUUCGGCGUGGCAGCCGGGGUAUACCUCAAGCCUGACUACGCCAUCAAAAACUCCAGAUUUGUCACGAUUGCCAUUUUCUUCACAAUCAUCACGGUAUCGAAGCUCAUCUAUCAACUCUUUCUUUACCCUCUCUUCUUCACACCUUUAAAACAAAUACCAACGCCCUCAAACCGACACUGGUUCAAAGGAAAUACUAACUCCGGCCUAAUUGACACACCCCAUGACUUGAUCAAAGAGUGGACCUCUAGCAUUCCAAAUGAUGGACUCAUCCGCUACUAUAUCGUUGGACAGCUCGAGCGGCUUGUCUUAACGAACCCCAAAGCCUUGAGCGAAGUCCUUAAUUCUAAAGUCUAUGAUUUUGCUAAGCCCACGGUGGCGCAACAAAACCUUCGCCGCGUUGUGGGAGAUGGUGUCCUACUUGCUGAGGGUGAUGAACACAAAUUCCAAAGAAAAAAUCUAAUGCCCGCAUUUUCUUACCGCCAUAUCAAGGAUCUUUACCCCAUCUUCUGGAGUAAGAGUGCCGAAAUGGCCAAGUUGAUCCGCCGUGAUGUGGAAUCUCGAGAAUCACCCGAGGACAAUACUAUCACAGUCCGAACCUACGCAAGCCGCGCCACCCUCGAUAUCAUCGGAUUGGCGGGAAUGGGUCAUGACUUUGACUCUCUGCAAAAUCCAAACAACCGUCUUUACAAAUCCUACCAAAAAAUCUUUACUAGCCCAAGUACUUUUGCUCGAAUUCUGUUCAUGGUCGGGGUAAUGCUUGGCGAUAUGAGAAUCGCGCAUAGUAUCCCCACCCAGCGCAACAAGACCUUUGCCGAAGGUCGCUUUGUCAUCCGUGAAACUGCCCGUCAAAUGCUACGCGAUAAGAAAGCCGCGGUGAAUGGUGAGAAUAAAGAUACUGGUAUCGACAUCAUCUCGGUUGCCAUGCGAAGCGGAACCUUUGAAGAAGAAAACCUCAUCGAUCAGUUGAUGACAUUCCUGGCUGCUGGGCAUGAAACCACAGCAGGCGCUCUUCAAUGGGCUGUUUACGCUCUGUCCAAGAAUCCCGACGUCCAAGAUCGUCUGCGUGAAGAAGUUCGCGCCAAUCUCCCCCCUAUCAAUGUCGAGGAUCCCGAGCCCAUUGAUGCUGCCGCGAUCGACAACUUGCACUACCUGAAUGCCGUCUGCAACGAGGUUCUUCGCUUCCAUCCAUCUGUCCCAAAUACCGUUCGUGUGGCUGUGAAAGAUACAUCUCUGGUCGGACAGCCGAUUCCCAAGGGCACAUUUCUCGUUCUGUCGGCGGAGCUUUUGAACCACAUGCCCGAGCUGUGGGGACCUGAUGCGGAUAAAUUCAACCCAGAUCGAUGGAUGGGCCCGGGCAAAGCGAACACUGGCGGAGCUACAAGCAACUAUGCGUUUUUGAGUUUCCUUCAUGGUCCGCGUGCUUGUAUUGGUCAGGGAUUCUCCAAGGCCGAACUAGCUUGCCUGCUCGCUGUUCUCGUUGGAAGCUUCAAAUUUGAGCUGAAAUACCCUGAUGCCAAAUUGGAGUUGAAGCUUGGUGCGACCAGCACACCAAAGGAUGGUGUUCAGGCUAAGUUUACUCCGUUGGACGGAUGGUAG